AUGAAUAAACAUAAAGAAGAAGCGAAUUAUCAAAAAUAAAUUGAUUUCAAAAAAAAUAUCAAAUUAAACAAAACUAAAUAAGUAUUCGUUUGCAACAAAAAAGCUAAGCUAGAAUUUAUUUGA